UUCUCCCCCUCCUCUCGUUUACCUUGCGUAUCUUGCUCUGCUUUGAAACAGAGGACAGCUUUUAUUUUUAAAAAGGGAGAGAAAACCGUUCAAGGAAUGCUCAGCAUCUCUCAUCUUCCAAUCCAGACUUCCCUAGGAGCGCUGUUUCGUUGGGACCACUAAGUCUCUUGAGAUGCCUAACCCCGCCGCUCACCUCCCCUUCUACUACGGCAGCAUCUCACGUUCAGAUGCAGAAGAGUACCUCAAACUGGCCGGGAUGUCUGAUGGCCUCUUCUUGCUGCGCCAGUGCCUCCGAAGUCUAGGCGGCUAUGUCCUCUCCAUAGUGCAGAACCUCCAGUUCUACCAUUACCCCAUCGAGCGCCAGUUGAAUGGCACCUAUGCCGUUGCCGGGGGCAAAGCCCAUUGCGGGCCCGAGGAGCUGUGCGAAUUCUAUUCCAAAGAUGCCGACGGCCUUUGCUGCACGCUUCGGAAACCAUGCAACCGCCCCGGUGGCGUGGGGCCCCAGCCUGGGAUCUUUGACAGCAUCCGGGAAAACAUGGUGCGGGAAUACAUUCAGCAGACAUGGAACCUGGAGGGAGACGCCCUGGAACAGGCCAUCAUAAGCCAGGCCCCACAGGUAGAAAAGCUCAUUGCCACUACUGCUCAUGAAAAGAUGGUGUGGUAUCACGGCCCCAUCUCCCGGGAACAAGCUGAAAGCAGGCUCUAUUCGGGAGCACAGCCUGAUGGGAAAUUCUUAAUGAGAGAAAGCAAGGAAAAGAACUCUUACGCUUUGUCCCUUGUCUACGGGAAGACAGUUUAUCACUACCGGAUCGUUCAAGACAAAGCUGGGAAAUACUUCAUCGAAGAUGGAACCAAGUUUGAUACACUGUGGCAGCUGGUUGAGUAUCUCAAACUCAAACCAGAUGGCCUGAUCUACUACUUGAAAGAGAGCACCCCAAAUCCCAGCAUGACAGCAGCAGCAGCACCAGUCCCGCCAGUUCACCCUUCCGCAAUGGCUCCAAAGAAAUUAACAUCUCAGAAUUCAGAUGGCUACACACCUGACCCCACAGGCAUAGGAAACAAGACACGGAUCUUGCCCAUGGACACCCCUUGCUACGAGAGCCCUUACAGUGACCCUGAAGAGCUGAAGGACAAGAAAUUGUUUCUUAAGAGGAGCAACCUGAUAGUGGAUGAAGUUGAACUGGGCGCAGGAAACUUUGGGUGCGUCAGGAAAGGCGUGUAUAAAAUGAGGAAGAAGCAGAUCGAUGUGGCCAUCAAGAUGCUGAAAAGUGGGAACGAGAAGACGGCCAAGGAAGACAUGAUGCGGGAGGCUUACAUCAUGCACCAGCUCGACAACCCCUACAUUGUCCGGGUGAUCGGCCUCUGCGAGGCGGAGGCUCUGAUGCUGGUGAUGGAAAUGGCUUCCGGUGGGCCACUCAACAAGUUCUUGUAUUCAAAGAGGGACGAGGUACCAGUGAACAACGUGGUGGAGCUGAUGCACCAGGUGGCCAUUGGCAUGAAGUUUUUGGAGGAGAAGAACUUUGUCCAUCGAGACCUGGCGGCCCGGAAUGUCCUUCUUGUCAAUCAGCACUACGCCAAGAUCAGCGACUUUGGGCUCUCCAAGGCUUUGGCGGCAGAUGACAGUUACUACUUGGCUAAGACAACUGGGAAGUGGCCGCUGAAGUGGUAUGCCCCAGAGUGCAUCCUGUUCCGCAAGUUUUCCAGCAAAGGCGACGUCUGGAGCUAUGGGGUGACCAUGUGGGAGGCUUUUACCUAUGGCCAGAAACCCUACAAGAAAAUGAAAGGCCCUGAGGUCAUUGCCUUCAUUGAGGAAGGGAAACGGAUGGAAUGCCCUCCCAAAUGCCCUCCAGAGAUGUACAAACUGAUGCAGCAGUGUUGGACCUUCAAGUGGGAAGACCGUCCAGAUUUUGUUGCUGUGGAGACCCUAAUCCGCACCUAUUACUACAGCAUCGCUGCUAGGACAGAAGAGGAACCCGUGACGGUUAAGAAGACACCAGCUUAGCUCCCAAGAGCUGGCAGAGGACCCUUCCAUUCCUGAAGGAUCUCAUUGCCCUUGAUCUCGUGAAGGGAGAGCUUACAGGCUGCAGAAACCCAGACGGCUGUCCGCUGUGUGACCCUGUUCUACCUGGAAGCUGCACACACUGUCUCCAAAACACCCUCCCCCCCACCGAGGCCUGUUGGUCUGACACCAGAGUUGCUGAUACUGCACAUUUUCUAAAAAGCCAUUAACUCAGCCCUGCUACACAUGCCUGUGAAUGACCAGCACUCAUCUUGUCAAGGUGUCAGGAGCUGUACCAGAAAGCAUACCGCCGGAGCUGUUAGUGCCAGGACUCCUUCACGUGCAGCUCUGAAGUUGGGCAAAUACCUUCCCAUUGGGGUUUCUUUAGGCUCAAGGAAAAGGCUGGAGGGGAGGGGGGUUAGUAGGAGCACCCCCUACUCCUCCCAUGCUGCCCUGCCAGCAAAAUCAACUUCUCAGGCUUUUAAAUUGACAUUUUUGGAGCUGAUGUGUGAAUGUGAUCAAAGGAGUGAAUCCAGAGGCAACACAUAAACAAGUGCAUUGUGUAGUUAAGCCCUACGGUUGCCAUUCCCCAGGUGGAGUGGAUGAUCCCCCACUCCCACCUCCUGCCCCCCGCCAAUACUCACCUGGCUGGUGUGGGAGCAAAAGCGGGGGAACAAGCCCCUCAGGUGCGCUCCCAAAGCAGUGUGGUGAUGCUCCCGAGCUUCACAGAGGGCCGAUUUGGGCCCCAAGCUGGCCCGUUUGGGGCCCAAAUUGGCCCGCUGCAAAGCACACAUGCGCAAAGUGGACAAGUAAAGUGAGUGCUGGGUUGCCCCCCUCCUGCUGGGAAGGUAAGGGGACCUGGCAACCCUAUUAAGCCCUCAGGCAACCACCUGCAAGAAAAUUCCUUCCCCAUCACCAAGAAGAGGAGGAAAAGGCAAUGACUGCAGCAUCCAAGUGCCAGCCAGUGGCUGCCAGAGAGAUCGAUAUGGUGGCCCCACUCACAUGUUCCAAGGAGAGAGACAUGAAAAAGAGAUCGACGUGCAAGGGAAUGCAGCCUUAUCCAGCCACCUCAAUGGUUUCUAGCACGGCACACAGUUUCAAUCAUUUCCUUGCAACCAUAAGGACCCGUGCCUCAAGGAAAACUUCCAAAGCUGAGUUCUUGGGAAUUUUGAGGCCCACAAACACUCCGUUAAUGCAUCUUUCCCCUCCUUCCAGAAUCAUGGCAUGACCUUGUGAAUCACUUUGAGUGAUUCAUGCCAAAAGCCCACCUACCCUU